GGCACGCUCUCUCGCGCACACGUGCGACCGUGUAGCGCGUGCCACGCGCAAGCUUGCCGUAUUUCUGCGACGACUCGAACUGUGAACUGCGUUUCUCUGUCCUGUUCCUUUUCUUCGCUAUCAUCGCAGACUUCUACGCCUAUCAAGGUGCCACCAGCUGACCUGCUUGCUAUCUGCCAUCUAAAGACGGGUCAUGUCUGAGUCCGGGCUCAUAAAGACGCUCCUUAGGUCAUGGCAACUCAUCUACAUCGUAGCCGUGCCCCUGCUGCUGCUGCCACUACCCCUGUACAUGGAGAGUAAGGCCGGUCUCAGUGCGUACGCGAUGCUCUGGAUGGCCUUCUACUGGACGGCAGAGCCCAUUCCGCUUCCAGUGACGGGUCUCAUGCCUCUCGUGCUGUUUCCACUGUUCGGCAUCCUCACGACUGCUGAUACGACCAAGAUGUAUUUCAACAACAUCGGCUUCGUCAUGUUCGGAUCGCUCGUCGUGGCAGCAGCUGUGGAAGUAAGCAACUUGCACCAGCGCCUCGCCAUUGGAUCGCUUCUGACUGUAGGCACCAGCAACCGCAGAGACGAGGGGAAUUAA